GAAAGGCAUGUUUGCUUUUGGCACAUCAAGACUAUUAAGCUCGAUAUCUUUUACAUACAAUAUUGAGUUAAUGCAGAAGUAUAUCCUAUGAUACAAACGACGAUGUAGAAACUGUAAACAAUUAUAUAAAUAUCUUUCAAGUGUUCAUUUAUUUUGAGCAAAAAAGCCGCUUUAUGUUUGCGACUAAACACAAAUAACAGAAGUUAAUAAUUUUGCAUUGCGCAAGAUCAAAUCAUAUUACUAAUCAACAAAUAUCUGCUGCUUUAAAGAAAAGCAAUUAUGACUUCUUGCAAGGUUACUGUGAAGCGCUUGCUGAAAUGCUUCUGUGGUUGUCAAGAAAUGACAGAGGAAGAAGUCCAACGUCUUUAUCAACUGAAUGUCCAAGCUACUUUAAUAGAUCACCGGGCUGUAAAAAUAUUUAAGAGUUUUCUGAAACAAUCUCGAUGUGGCGAAAACAUAACGGAACAAUAUCUCGACGUUUAUGAACAGUGUGGUGCAUAUAUGCUGCAAGACGACAAAAUUCUCACAUUAGACGAGUUGGACGAACUAAGUGAUUUAGGUUUGCCCUAUGAUUUAGAAAGAGAUCUCCGGAAUCAAAUACGCACCGGUGAUUGUGAUAAUAUUAAUCGGUGUUUAUUACGCAUUCAGGGGGAAUGCCGAAAUAAAAUUGAACGUAGCCAAGAAUAUAAAAAUUAUAAAGCCGCCAUCCUAAGUAAACUUAACCAGAUAACAUGAUUUUUUAAUGCUUUCGUCAACUUAAUGGAAAUGUUUAAUGUGAGCACAGAGCUUCGAUAUUAAAUUCUGCUUUCUGGCGUACGUUUUUUAUUAAUCAAUAUUUAAAUAUUAUUCAUUCAACACUCU